UACCGCAAAACAGAUGAUUUUUGCUUUGUAGUUGUUGCGAAACGAUUUAUAGAUAUAACUCCAUAGAUUUUUGGCUGAAACCAAUUAAAUUUAACCGCGGGACACAACCGCUACACUCACAAAAUCAUCCGCCCAAUUUCAGGAACCGGAGUUCCUUCGCUUGCCAGGAACCCUGAAACUCAAUGUAUUUUUCGUGCAGAAAAUCGAUUUUUGCCCUAACAGCGACUCUCAGCCGACGCUCAAGUGGUGAGGUGAGGUCCAGCAUUUUAGUAGCAAGUCGAUCGAUCGGUACGCUGAGCAAGCCCAAAAUGACCGUCGCCGAGGGCUGUUUGCAAAAGCCCGCAACACGGAGCCCCCACACGCAGGAGCCAAUUCUGAGGCUAAACAACAUCGAAAAGUCGCAACAGGACACGAGGGAUUACCGUGGGUUAAAGCUGGAAAAUGGCCUAAAGGUUCUGCUGAUCAGCGAUCCCAACACAGAUGUCUCGGCGGCAGCACUUUCCGUGCAAGUGGGCCACAUGUCUGAUCCCACAAGUCUGCCUGGCCUGGCGCAUUUCUGUGAGCACAUGCUCUUCCUGGGCACUGAGAAGUAUCCGCACGAGAACGGCUAUACCACAUACCUGUCGCAGAGCGGUGGGAGCAGCAAUGCCGCCACCUAUCCCCUGAUGACCAAGUACCACUUUCAUGUGGCGCCGGAUAAGCUGGACGGAGCCUUGGAUCGGUUUGCCCAGUUCUUUAUAGCGCCACUGUUCACGCCAAGUGCCACCGAACGUGAAAUUAAUGCGGUGAACUCGGAGCACGAGAAGAACCUGCCCAGCGACUUGUGGCGCAUCAAGCAGGUGAGCCGGCAUUUGGCCAAACCGGACCAUCCCUACAGCAAGUUUGGCAGCGGCAACAAGACCACGCUCUCCGAAAUACCCAAGUCAAAGGACAUCGAUGUGCGCGACGAGUUGCUAAAGUUCCACAAGAAAUGGUACUCGGCGAACAUCAUGUGCCUGGCGGUCAUCGGAAAGGAGUCGUUGGAAGAACUCGAGAGCAUGGUUCUGGAGAAGUUCUCCGAAAUCGAGAACAAAAACGUCCAGGUUCCCGAUUGGCCGAGGCAUCCUUACGCCGAGGAUCGGUACGGCCAGAAGGUGAAAAUUGUGCCCAUUAAGGACAUUCGUUCGCUGACGAUGAGCUUUACAACCGAUGACCUAACGGCGUUCUACAAGUCGGGCCCGGACAACUAUUUGACGCAUCUCAUUGGCCACGAGGGCAAGGGCAGUAUCCUGUCAGAGCUGCGGCGACUGGGCUGGUGCAAUGACCUGAUGGCCGGCCAUCAGAGCACACAGAAUGGCUUUGGCUUCUUCGAAAUUGUGGUGGACUUGACGCAGGAGGGAAUGGAGCAUGUGGACGACAUUGUGAAGAUCAUAUUCCAGUAUCUGAAUCUUCUGCGUCAGGAGGGUCCCAAGAAGUGGAUCUUUGACGAGUGCGUAAAGCUGAACGAAAUGAGAUUCAGGUUUAAGGAGAAGGAACAGCCGGAAAGCUUGGUCACGCAUGCGGUUUCCUCCAUGCAAAUAUUCCCCCUGGAGGAGGUUCUCAUUGCUCCCUAUCUAAGCAACGAAUGGCGGCCGGAUCUGAUCAAAGGUUUGCUGGACGAGCUGGUGCCUUCGAAAAGCCGCAUUCUGAUGGUGAGCCAGAGCUUCGAGCAGGAGUGCGACCAAGCGGAGCCCUACUAUAAGACCAAGUAUGGCGUGGAGCGUGUGAGCAAGGAAACGGUGCAGAGUUGGGAAAACUGUGAGCUUAACGAGAACCUUAAGCUGGCACUGCCGAAUAGCUUUAUACCCACGAACUUUGACAUUGCCGAGGUCCCCGGCGAUGCACCCAAGCACCCCACGAUUAUCCUGGACACGCCCAUUUUGCGGGUGUGGCACAAACAGGACAAUCAGUUCAACAAGCCCAAGGCCUGCAUGACCUUUGACAUGUCCAAUCCGAUCGCCUAUCUGGAUCCCCUCAACUGCAAUCUGAACCACAUGAUGGUAAUGCUGCUUAAGGACCAGCUGAACGAGUACUUGUACGACGCGGAACUGGCCAGCCUGAAGCUCAGCGUGGUUGGCAAGUCGUGUGGCAUCGACUUCACCAUACGCGGGUUCAGUGACAAGCAGGUGGUCCUGCUGGAGAAGCUGCUGGAUCAUCUCUUUGACUUCUCCAUCGACGAGAAGAGAUUCGACAUUCUGAAGGAGGAGUAUGUACGUUCACUGAAAAACUUUAAGGCUGAGCAACCAUAUCAGCAUUCCAUCUACUAUUUAGCUUUGUUGUUAACUGAGAAUGCCUGGGCGAAUGUGGAGCUCUUGGACGCCAUGGAACUUGUUACCUACGAUCGGGUGUUGAACUUUGCCAAGGAGUUUUUCCAGCGCCUGCACACGGAGUGCUUUAUUUUCGGCAAUGUGACCAAGCAGCAGGCAACGGAUAUUGCGGGGCGAGUGAACAAUCGCCUGGAGGCCACCAAUGCAUCCAAACUUCCCAUUCUGGCACGUCAAAUGCUGAAGAAGCGGGAGUAUAAACUGCUGGCGGGCGACAGCUACCUAUUCGAGAAGGAGAACGAGUUCCACAAGAGCUCCUGCACACAACUCUAUCUGCAGUGCGGCGCACAAACGGAUCACACAAACAUAAUGGUAAAUCUGGUGUCUCAGGUGCUCUCCGAGCCCUGCUACGACUGCCUGCGCACCAAGGAGCAACUCGGCUACAUUGUCUUCAGUGGUGUGCGCAAGGUGAAUGGGGCCAAUGGGAUCCGCAUCAUUGUCCAGUCGGCCAAGCAUCCCUCGUUCGUUGAGGAUCGCAUAGAGAACUUUUUGCAAACGUAUCUGCAAGUAAUUGAGGAUAUGCCCCUGGAUGAGUUCGAAAGGCACAAGGAGGCUCUGGCUGUGAAGAAGCUGGAAAAGCCCAAGACCAUAUUCCAGCAGUUUAGCCAGUUUUAUGGCGAAAUAGCCAUGCAGACGUAUCACUUUGAGCGUGAAGAGGCUGAGGUGGCCAUCCUCCGGCAAAUAACAAAGGAGGAUUUUGUGGAUUACUUCAAGAAAUUCAUCGCAAAGGAUGGUAAUGAGCGACGCGUUCUAUCCGUGCACAUUGUGUCCCAGCAAACGGAUGCGAAUGCCACCAGCGAGACGGAGCCUGUGGAGAUUACGAACAUGGACAGGCACAAGCCCAUCAGCGACAUUGUGAGCUUCAAGUCGUGCAAGGAGCUGUACCCCAUCGCACUGCCUUUUCUGGACAUCAAGGCCAAGGGAGCACGCAGCAAGCUGUAAAGGAUUAACUAACGAAUUAGCACUUGGUUUUGGUCUCUCAUUUUUAAUUGCAAAUGUUGUUCGGUCAUAUUCACAAAUAUAAAAGAAUCUGUA